GCCCAUGAACGAAGACUAGACCCUAGCCCUAGCUUCUUAUUCGUCACUUUCUCGUUGUUGUUUGUCGGAGUAGCAGAGGAGAAAACCCAGUCACCAAUAUGCCUAAACCAGGUGGAUUUCUUACUCCUAAAGCGAUAGCCAAUCGCGUCAAGUCAAAGGGAUUACAAAAAUUGAGAUGGUAUUGUCAAAUGUGUCAGAAACAAUGUCGAGAUGAGAAUGGAUUCAAGUGUCAUCUCACAUCUGAAUCACAUCAGAGGCAGCUCUUACUGUUUGCAGAUAAUGAAGAAGAAUUUCUGGACACUUUCUCCAAUGAGUUCUUUGAUAUGUUCAUGGAGCUGCUGCGACGCCGCUUCAACACUCGCCGUGUCCACUCAAACAUUGUCUACAAUGAGUAUAUCUCUGACAGAGAACAUACUCACAUGAAUUCAACCAAGUGGGAGACAUUGACAGAGUUUGUGAAAUGGCUCGGGAGAGAAGGGUUCUGUGUCGUGGACCAUACAGAGAAGGGAUGGUUCAUUACGUACAUUGACCGUGAUCCGGAGACAUUGAAACGACAGGAGGCAUUGAAGAAGAAAGAUAAGUUGAUCUUGGACGAUGAGGAGAGAAUCAUGAAAAACAUCCAGGAACAGGUUGCCCGUGGCGAGUCUCAUGGGUCAAAGCAAACCGAGUUCACAGAACUGCAGCGAGACGAUGAAGAAGAGAAAGUGACUUUCAGCUUUGGGUCAUCAGCCGGCAUGUCAGCAGGGGGCAGCAAAGAAUCAGACUCUAAAACCAGCCAAGACAAAAAGACCAACAUUCUGAAAGCAGCAGCAGUCAGUGCAUCCAAGAAGAAAGAUAGUAGCAGGAAAGAGUCUGGAAAGAGAAAGUCAGCCCUGGAAGAAAUCAUGGAGGAAGAGGCAAGGAAGAAAUCUAAACUGACUGAAAAGAAAGACUACUGGCUGAGAAAGGGCAUCAUCGUGAAGAUCACAACCAAGAGACUGGGGGAAAAGUACUUGAAAAAAAAGGGUGUUGUCAAGGAUGUGAUAGACCGCUACACAGGUGUUGUCAAGCUCAAUGAUACAGGGACAAAGGUCAAAGUUGAUCAAGUUCAUUUAGAAACUGUCAUUCCAAACAUUGGUAAACCCAUCUGUAUAGUGAAUGGUGAUUACAGAGGGGUAACCGGAACGCUUCACUCCCUUGAUGAGAAGAAUUUCAGUGUAACAGUCAAAUCAGACUCGGGUAAACUGGUUGAAGGUCAAGCAUACGAAGACGUCUGCAAAUAUAGCCCCGAGGAUUCAUGACAUGCAUCCUAAGACCUACAUCACCUCUGCAAUAAUGAACGCGAACUUUCCUUCAACUCGCUAAGAACAUUGGAUGUUUGUGGAAGUGAGUGACCUUGUGACUUUGACUUUGAGAUCAUGAAGCAGUGGAAGUGAAUGACCUUGUGACUUUGACUUUGUGAUCAUGAAGCAGUCGAGUUGUAUAGCGAAGCACACACGAGGAGCAUUUCAAGGAAGCUUUCUGAGAUAAAAAACAUGGAGUUGUCCUCUAGAUUUGUGAUGUCUCUGACCCUCAUCAUAAUCUCAGCUAAUGCUGAUGGACUCUGACAUAAUAAGUCCGGACCCUUUGCCUAAACAGUUACAUCAUAGUUCAUAGGAUGACCAGCUAUAGUAUCGGUCAAGGAUAUCGCUUUUAGGAAGGAGUACAGUUUUUAAUUUGGUGCAUUUGUAUAUAUACCAGGAUGAAAAAGAAUGUCAUGAAAUAUCUGAACAAGGAAUUUUUCAUACAGUGUAUUUUUAUAUUCAGCCGGGUGAAUAUGAAACCCUAUGAUUGUAAGUGUAUGCAUUCCUGAUAUACUCACAAUUAAGUAUAUCAGUAGAGACUCGCACUUUUCAUUGCAGGAAAACUAGUUUGAACUGUAUGAUUUUUUUUCUUUGCUAAGAUAAUAUAGCUUCUCACGGUUAUUUACUCUACCUGUAUGGGUGAAUGCCACAAAGGAAAUAUCAACAAAAACUGAAUGUAUAUUUUUGUCAUUGCUUGUACCAAGUCUUUUACCUUUAAAGUGUCUACCUGUAGAAUAUUCACCUGUCCUUGAUGUUAAAGGGUGGGAAACCCGGGAAGACGUUAAUCUUUUUGAAACCUAGAAACUGACUUCUUCAAACCAAAGAGCAAGAGUUUCAUUUUCAUUCUUUCAUGCUUCUUUCUUAUAAGCAAGCAUUCUCGGGCCCUCUAGACUAUUAGAAUGACAAGAAAUAAGCCCCCCCCCCCAAAAAAAAAUACUACCGGGAACCAUUUCUUGAAGUUCUUAAGCCUCAUUAAAACAUGAUCCGUUAAACUGGCUAAAUUAAAUGAAACAACAUAUUAGCAUAAUGCACAUCAAAAUAUAUAUAUAUUACACAGCUUUAUGGCAUAUCUGAAUGUUUAAGCAGGGCAUGAUUCCAAUUUUACCUGAAUCAUUGUACAGUAUACAAAUUCUAAUUCGGGUUGUGAUUAAAAUCAGAAAUAUGUAAGUAUGUAUAAUAAAAUUUGUUUUGCAAACAAUAUGUACACGAUUGAA